CACUGUCACAGCUCCAGCUAACCAACCACCAAGGAAGGAGAGGAAAAAAAAGGAGAGAAGCGAUUAAGCUAGAUCCCAUGGCGGCGGCCAUGGUGGAGAGCUUAUCGACUGGGGUGAUGAACUCUGUGAUAGAGAAGCUGGGUGCUCUAAUGGGGGAGCAGUACGAGAAGCACAGGGCGGUGCGGAGGGACGUGGCGUUCCUCAAGGACGAGCUCAGCAGCAUGCACGCGGUCCUCAACAAGCUCGCCAUCGCCAACAUGGAGGAGCUUGACCCGCAGACGGUGGAGUGGAGGAACCAGGUGAUGGGCAUGGCAUUUGACAUCGAGGAUUCCAUCGACGACUUCAUGCAGCAUCAUCAGGUAGUAGGUGAUGAGGAUGCCUCCACCACCACCAGCACUGCUGAUUUGGGCUUCAUCGCCAAGAUCCGCCAGUAUGUCAGUGAGCUGAGGCUGCGCCAUCACUUCACCAAGCAAAUCCAAGAGCUCAAGAGUCGGGUGAUUGAAGUCAGUGAGCGCCGUAAAAGGUACAAGCUUGACGAAGCUGCUGCUGCUGCUGCCGCUGCCUCGAGCUCUAGCUUAUUUGUAACUGUUGACCCUCGCAUGGCUGCGCUAUAUACAGAGGCAGACAGCCUCGUCGGCAUAGAAGGUCCAGUGGACGAUAUUGUCGAGUUGUUGUUAGACAAGAAGGAAGGCGACGAUGGAGAUGCAUCAGCAUCACCACUGGGUCUGAGAGUGGUGGCCAUUGUUGGGUUGGGAGGUCUUGGCAAAACAACUGUAGCAAAUCAAGUGUACCGUAAGAUUCGAGGGCAAUACGACUGCGAGAUGUUUGUGUCAGUGUCUCAAAGGCCAGAUAUGUUGAAGCUCCUUGGUAGGAUCACCCACAAGGUUGGAAUGCCACAGUUGAAUCAUAUCGUUGAAGUGGAAGAUUUAAUUGAGACCAUCAGAGGGUAUCUGAAAGACUUAAGUUACUUUUUUGUUAUUGAUGAUAUAUGGGAUACAUCAGUGUGGGAUAUUCUUCGUUGUGCCUUGCCAGAUAAUAAUAAAGGGAGCAAAGUAAUCACAACUACACGAAUUGAGACAGUUGCAAAGGCAUGUUGUAGCUACCGACCUGAGUUCAUUUACAAGAUGAAACCUCUUAAUGAUGAGAACUCAGCCAAAUUAUUUUUUAGCAGAGUUGGAUAUGUUUGUGCUCAGUCACUGAAAGAUAUCUCAGACGAAAUAUUACAAAAGUGCGGUGGUCUCCCAUUAGCCAUUAUAAGCAUUAGCAGCCUUUUGGCUAGCCAACCUGCCAGAUCAAGGGAGCAAUGGAAGUUUGUGUGCAGUUCACUUAGGUCAAAUUUGAGAGAAAAUCCAACUUUAGAGGGAAUGAGACAAGUACUAAAACUUAGCUACAGCAAUCUUCCUCUGCAUCUGAAGACAUGCUUGCUAUAUAUCGGCAUGUAUCCAGAGGAUCACUGCAUUGAAAAGGUGGAUCUGGUGAGGCUAUGGGUUGCUGAAGGUUUUGUCGCUAACUUAUGUGAUGAAGAUGCAGAGGAAGUUGCUGGAAGUUACUUCAAUGAGCUUGUCAACAGGAGUAUGAUCCAACCUACAAACACGGGCUACAACGGUGAGGUGUCGAGGUGCAAAGUGCACGACAUGAUCCUUGAUCUAAUUAGACUGAAGUCGGAGGAAGAGAAUUUCUUGAGGGUGGUAGACAAUGCGAAUCACAUGGCCCUAUCAUCACAGAGCAAGGUUCGCCGGCUUUCCCUUCAUUUGGGUUUUGGAGAAGAUCAAGACACAGCUGCUGCAACAAGCUUAAGCAUGUCACACAUGCGCUCAUUUGCUCUGUUUGGCAACACUGGCUUCACACCUCCUAUUUCUAGAUUCAAGUACAUCCGAGUGCUGAAUCUGAAAGACUGGCGUACUGAUGGGCAUGACAUUGUUGAUCUUACCCCUGUCUGCAAAUUAUUUCAGCUAAGGUAUCUGAACAUUGGUAGGAAAGCGCGCCUGCCAGCCCAAAUAAGCAACCUACAAUGUUUGGAAACACUGGAGCUGAAUAAGCUUGAUGGAGAUGUGCCGUCAGAUAUUGUCCAUUUGCCUUACCUGCUGCAUUUCGUUGUUCCUUCUGGUAAACGGCUACCAGAUGGAAUUUGUGCGAUGAGGUCCCUACGUACUCUAAGGUGCUUCGAUGUGGGCUUGAACUCGGUGGACAAUUUUAAGGGCGUUGCUGAGCUUCUGAAUGUUAGGGAUCUUGUGAUUUCGUGCAGCGGCACCGCCCCUCAGCAAGGAAUCAUGGACACCUUGUGGUGUUCUAUUGCCAAACUUAUCAGUUGCAAACUGAGGGCUCUAACUUUUCCAUUCUUCCCAGCUAAUCUGCCUCCUCCGAUUGUUGGAUUAGAUCAUUUGGCCAUCUCUCAAGCCGAGCACCAUCUUGAGGUACUUGAGGUUUCUUCGACUUUGUUUCCCCAGGUUCCAAGCUGGAUUGGUCAACACUGUAGUAGGCUCUCAAUUCUGUCACUCACAGUUAACAUCCUGAGACAGAAUGACGUUGAUCUACUUGUCCAGUUACCAAACCUGUUGGACCUGAAACUAAACAUCCGGAAAUGUCCAACAGAAAGAAUCCUCAUUGACAAUGACAGCAGCGCAGUGGCAUUCCCAGCUCUCAAGUUGUUCACAUUCUCCUGUUUCGCGCCAUGCCUCUUCUUUGGGGCAGGGGCACUGCCCAAUCUCCAUACGCUCACCCUGAACCACCAUGGGCGCGGACUGGAGAAUGUGAAGCUACUUGAAGGCGUCCAGCACCUGCUGAACCUCAAGGAAGUCCAUGUCGUCUUCACCAACGGUUAUUGUGGUGGCAGAGCAAUGCCAGGUAUAAUGGAAGCCGCUGCCGAGGCUACAUACAGGGAUGCCAUCAGCAUGCACCCAGGGAAGAGUGGCAUCAAGAUCUUGGUUAACCUUUUCUGCUUAGUAAUGCCACCCUCGGCUUUCUAUUAUGACUCUGACGACGGCGUGUUUGUCGGUAACUGAGGUACCCAAUUGCUACCGAUCUAUCCUCCGUCAACACAACACGUUUGUAAGUUCAUGCCAUUGCCAUGUAUGCAAUGCAGGAUUGAUCAUGGGUGCUGUAAUGGAGAACAGCCCCAAGUCCCAGCCAAGACACUCAUGGGCCGCAGCCAAGCUAGCAAGCGCACCAAGGCCCAACGUCCGAACCAUGGAACCCAAAAAGGUCUAGCCCAAGUGACUACAGGAGACGUGCAUGUAUAUUAUAUUACCUAGUAUUGUGUCUUUUUUUUCCGUAUAUAUAUAUUUAUAAAUUAUCAUUGUUACAAUUAAACGAUUUAUAUUAUAGUUUGGUAUUUUAAAACUUGCUGUGUUUUUAGUGCAUGUAUAACAAAUUAUAUAUAUUGUAAAUUUUUAUAAUUGUUUUCAGGAUUGAUAAAGAGUUUUUAGUGGAUUGUAUAUGAAAAUUUUUGUUCGACAUAUCUUGCAGAAAAAUUCUAGGUCUGCCACUGUGUUACCAUUUUGGUCAUUGGCUUUGUCCGGAUAUAUAGGUGUGUUUGGUUACAUAUAGUCCAGUGACGAAUCUAGGAAAAUAUUUAGGGGAGGCUUCUGCUACCUUAAGAUAACUUCAGCCCUUUCUUAAAGAGCAUCAGUGAUAAAAAUUUGUAUGAGGGACUAAGGGGGGCUA